CGCCUCUUCUCCCUCUCUCUCUGUGAUCAGUCAAGUUGUGAUCUCAGGAACAGAGAUCAAUUCAAUUGUCCAGCCCCUUAUCUUCCUCAAUUGGACUCAUUCUCUCUAUCUAUCUCCCGUGCGCAGCGGGGAAAGCCCUCAUUAUCUAUCGAGAGAGCAAACAAUCCGCACUCCCAAUAUAAGAAGAGACGAGCAAGACCAGAUCGGCAUUCCCCUAGACAAGACGAUAGGAUACACAACACAACACAACCCUCGAAGUUCAAAAGAAACAAAAAAGAACCAACAUCCAAAAUGGUCGACAUCCUCCCCCUCUCCUCUUACCCAUCAUACAUCAACCUCCUCCCUUCCAUCCAGACCUGCAACAUCACCAAUCUUCCCGAGAACUACUUUCUGAAAUACUACCUCUACCACGCCCUCACCUGGCCACAACUCAGUUUCGUCGCGGUGGUCCGGCCCAAGAACGGAUACAAGAAGAGAGGAUAUGGACUGAAUGGAACGGGACCCGGAGAUGAUUACCCGAAAGUAGUGGGAUAUGUCCUUGCGAAGAUGGAAGAGGAGCCAACGGAUGGGGUUGCUCAUGGACAUAUUACGAGUUUGAGUGUUAUGCGUACGCAUAGAAGAUUGGGUAUUGCGGAGAGGUUGAUGAGGAUGAGUCAGCGCGCUAUGGCCGAAGCUCAUCGCGCACACUACGUCUCUUUGCACGUGCGUGUUUCCAACCAGGCCGCGCUGCAUCUAUACCGCGACACACUCGGUUUCGAAGUCGAGAAGGUCGAAAGCAAGUACUACGCUGAUGGCGAGGAUGCCUAUGCCAUGCGCAUGGAUCUCACGCCCAUGUGGAUCGACUGGACCGAAGACGAAGAGAAGAAGCAGAAGAAGGAGCGCACUGGCAAUGAAGGCGGUGAUGAAGAGCAUGCCGAUGAGGGAGACGAUGUUGGCGAGCUGGGCAAGAAGGAUGGCGAGAAGAUGAUUCGCGUCAAGGUCGGACGGGGUCUGGGUGUUGGUGAUCUGGUCGAGCGGAAUGAGAGUGUGAAGGCGGAGUCGUGAUCGUACAUACAUACUUACAUACAUACCAGCGAUGAAUCCGUCUGAAGAGAAGAAAAAAAGAGAACCUGACUCCCGGUGAGUCGAGGACUUCAAUGAAAAUCAACCAACCAAUUUCUUAUUCGAUUUAUUUUGUUUUCCAUGGGAAAAUACAUAACUAGAUCCUCCUCCUCCUCUACACCAGUGGGAGAAAAUAGAUAUGAAGAUAACAUUAGAAAAAAUAACAAGAAAGAAAGAAAAAAACUAUAAGCAACGAG